ACCUGUCAUGACUGAAGUUGGACUGAAGUGCCAAAAAAAUAAUGUGCGUUUGACACAUACCGCUAACAAUUCCACUUCACAGGUGUUUUCGAUUGUUCUGUUACAACUGUAGCUUCACGCAACUAAUGAGGUUGUUAACUAACUUAUUGACCAAGUGUUUGCAAUAUCUGGACGAUUAUAUUCACUUGUGUAUGAUUACCGUUAUAGCUGAUUGUAAUCUAUGAAUUUGGGCGUAUUUAACAGAGUUAAUCUAAAGGAUUCCGGAGGAGGAAUGUAUUCCGAAUGGGCAUCCCUAAGCCCCCUAAUCCAAAGAGGCUCGGACGAGAGUCGAAGUGUCCUCGAAAAAUUUUCCCCAGGGGCUGGUCGCGAAGUGGCCCUGUCAGUCGUCAAACAAUUGGCCGCAAAUCUCGGCAUUUCCCAAGCAGCCGAGACUAGUCCCCUCAACACCGACCGGGAAGUCCAGUGGUGCAUGGAAGUCAUCUGCUUCGGUCUCUCCCUACCCCUAGCAGAACACGACACCGUACGUGACUGCGUUAAUGUCUACUGCGAGUGGCUCUCCGCCCUCUACACAUCACCAAAGAUUUCAGUUCCAAAACCUAUCAUCGAGGAUCCCAAUUUCUAUGCCAGAAAGAUCAUAAGCCAUUUUCAUAAUUUAUUCGUGCCAAGGAAAGGCGAAGUCUGGCCGUUUUUAUAUCUGGAUAUAGGUACUGAUACGAUAAACAGACAAGCUGUGUUGUGCCACCGAGUCCUGAGGACCCUCCAGCAAGUGGCCAGAGGACCAGCAAUUCUAGACGGCGAGACUUGGGAGAGUCUCCUGCUGUUCCUCAUUGGAAUCAAUGACUCGUUGCUGGCUCCUCCAGCAGUUCGAGAGGACGCUGGUGAGCAGCUUUGCGAGAGAGUCCUCGGGGUUUUGCUUGAGGUCUGGCUGGUUGCUUGCGAGAAAAAAUUCCCAUCUCCACCUCUGUGGAGAACCCUGAGGGAGUCAUGCCUCCGGUGGCGACAUCGGCUCGCUCUGAUCGAACAGUGGAAUCGCGUUUGUCUCGCUCUAACUGCGAGACUAUUAAACAUCAUGUAUGGGCCGAUGUUCCCGGGAUUGAAGAUCAGCGAUGAAGAUGCCCAGCUCAUACCCCCAACCAUGUCCGACGAAGCGGUAGCGCAGGCAUGGUACCGUCUUUUACGAACAGUUGGCGAUCCAGUGGAUCUGUGUCGACCAGCUGUAGUUUCCCAGACCCAAGCCUUCCUCCAGUACGCGAUAACGAGUCCCAGUGUCAUCGAUCCCUGUCAGCAUCCGUGUCUGCAAGCACUGCCUCAGAUAUUUCUUAAGGCAAUCAAAGGAAUUGCAGGACAAGUCGAUGCGUUUCUGGGCAUUUCUCAAGCUUGUUGCUGGGAAGAAUGCUGCGCGACUACUGGACUAUCGAACACCAGUGUGUCUGGAGUUGGUGGUGCUGGUGGUGAAAAAAUAACCAAGGAUCAACCCCAACCCUCACCCACACCCCCAACACAACGCAGACUUGCGAAAAGUUUCAGCGUUACACCAUCUGCUGUCACUAAGGGAAUACCAAAAGCGUCGUUGAUUGGACUAACAACAAGUAGAAUAUCCAACACGUCGAUCAACAUUGCCAACUCCGGGCCCUCGUCAACGUCAAGUACAAUUUCUGCCACAUCCCUCACCAGUGACAUCAGACCCCCACUGGCUCCAGGACGACCAAAAUGUAAUACAGUUCUACAUCUCUUUGGUGAGUGGCUGUUCGAAGCUGCGUUCAUUGGCACUGAUGGCUGGUCGCAGAGUUUACCCCAGCCAGUGGGUGCCUCAAAGCGACCGUCAUCCGUGCUAGUAGAGGGUCCAAAUUCCCUUCAAGAAACAAUCAACGAAAUCCCAACAUCCCUGAGCAUCGAUCGCUACGAGUCAGGGAAGGCAGAAGCCAUGGGUGCACUUUGCAGGAUAUUCUGCGCUAAAAAGACUGGGGAGGAAAUAUUUCCGGUGUAUUUAGCUAGAUUCUACCAAGCGAUGCAUCGAGGGCUCAGAGUUGAUGAGAAUCGAGAGUGUGGAGAAACCCUAGCCAGCAUUCUAUCAAACUCAGCCGAUCUAUUUCGAUUGGAUCUGGAUGGGGUUGAGAUGCUCGCGCCAGCAGUUUUAACAGCCCUAGAGCUGGUGCUGCCUGAUAAAGAUCUCAAGUUGAAAUCAUCAAAUGUUUCAAAGAUAGAGCUACGAAGGGCCUCCAUUCAGAUGCUGAUAUCGAUGUUGGCAUUGCCUUUACAUUUUCAGAAUCUUCCAAUUCGAGAAUUCUCACUCUCUCCAAUGGACAACAAUCCCGAUAAAACUCCACUGACAUUCGGCCAACUGAAGCCCAGACUGAUGAAUCUUCUGAUAAAUGCUCUACAAGUGGAAUCAGAUCCCUUGAACACGCACAUGCUAUUAGGUGGUUUACUCCUGAGUGUUCAAGACUCGGCGACUGCAGAGGAAGUCGAGCAAUCAGCGCCUCUCGAUACAGUGGACAAUGACACGUCGACGAAUCUACUGACGUCUGCCAGCAGCGACUCGACCAGUCAAAUAAGCAUUUGCAGUGACCUCCGCUCCCUGGGGGACGACGGGUCCACAGUUCAGGACGAAACGCCUGCUUUUGAUUCAGCUCAUGCCCUCUUCUUGAGGGCUACCUAUCUAGUCUGCCAUCGGCUAAUAUCCUCGUGGAAGACCGAUCUGAAUAUUUCCCUGGCUGCUCUUGAGUUGCUGUCGGGAUUGGCGAGGACCAACAUACGUGAAACCGCGAGGAGAUUGACAGAUUCCCUGGAAUGCAAACGAGCAGUUAAAUGGCUGUGCGACUACAUAACGUAUCAAUGUUGGCGUCCACCCCCGGCCCACUCCAAGGAUCUCCAUUCAUCGAUAGUAGCGGCGUUCGGUUGUCUGACAACCUGGCUGACCGCUCACCCCCAGCUCCUCCAGGACAAGGACUGUUUGACAACAGUCCUGGAAGUAGUUGAGCUCGGUGUGUCAGGGACAAAGAGUGUCGGAAAGCCGGGUGAGCCGAUAAAAAUGAAAGACGAGAAGGAGUUAAAGCCGGCGUCGAUGCGCGUCAGAGACGCAGCUGACGGUCUUCUGACGAUUGUUCUUGAGCAAGUCGGAUACUUUCCGAGUGCCUGCGGGGCUCAAUCCCUCUCAUCGCUCCUGGACGAGGUGUCUCUCUUGGAGCAGAGCCUGAAGGAGAGUGUCUCUCGUUCCCAAGCGGUCGAGCGAUUCCGGUAUUUCGUGGCUGAGAACGCAACCAUGCUGGCUAUCCUCGAGGGAACCUCUGAGCAUUCAGCUAACAGCAAUAACGAUCCCCAUCCGACAGUGACGCUUGUCAUCAGGGGACCCUUCGGCCGGCACGCCUGGACGAUGCAGCUUCGCCAUCUGCCGAGGCAUAAGUCAGGGGUCAAGAGCAUCAACCCGAAUCCUGGGAGACCUCUUCCACUGGCUGAAACACUACCGCGAACUGAUUACAAACCGAGAUUCUUUCCUGAUAAUGUCGACAAGAUUCCUCACUGCAAGGUAGACGAAUCAAUCCCGAGCCUAGAGGCCGUGAUGAACGACAACGCAUCCGUGAAAGAAGAGCACGAUCUGCUCUCCCAGAUCCUCGACUCCCAGAUGACCAUUGAAUCCCAGAUCGAUCAGGAGUCGAAGGCCUCCAGCAGCGAUCGUGAGAGCUACCGGGAGUGUCAGCCCCCGAGCAAUGCCCACGAGUUCCAGACGGCGCGUCUCUUCCUGAGCCACUUCGGCUUCAUCGGCUUCGACCCUUCGAUCUUGGACGAGAACGAUCGAUCCCUCGGGAUCACAGCACUGGAUCCGUCGAUCCCCGGCUUCUGCGCCGAUCUGGAGAGCCUCGACAACACAAACUCCAGAACUUGCGACACUGUUCACAUUUUCUACGUCAAGUCCGGCCAGAGGGCGCCAGGGGACAUUCUGUCGAAUGUCUUGAGCAGAGACAACGUUUCCGAUCAUUUUCUGGAGUUUCUGAACUCUCUGGGAUGGCCUGUUAGGGUCAGGGAUCACGCGGGGUGGACUGGACACGUCACGACUUCCUGGAGAAUAACUCCGAAUAUCAGUUCGUCUCAGAGUAAUUCGACGCUCAAUGCCAGUGAAAAUGGGGGUUCCCUGUACAGUGGCGACACUCACGUCUUGUACUGGGCGGAUGUCAGCUCAGAAAUAGCUUUCAUCGUUCCAACAGCGACGUCAAGUGCGAGUAGCAACAGCAAUCAUCAGGUGUCUGACUGUCUUGAGGAUCAAGGAAUUUGCAGUAGUGACUGCAGCACUAGCUAUAAUUGCAAUUAUGAAAGGAGUAUGAGCGAACAUUCGUCGAAUAGAGCUGCUUCGAGAGUGGACAGUGGAUACGCCCCUCAGAGCUCCCAGACCACGAGCUCCAGGACAAUGUCCUUGGACCUGGAGAAGCAGCCGUCAAGCCUGACGAGUUCAGGGCCCCCGAGUGUAUCAUCAAACUCAGAAUUUCCUGUGAGGUCGAGGAGAACGACUAAACACUCAUUCCCAGGGCAGAUGGAGACGAAGAUCAUGGUGGUUUGGCUGGAGAGUCUUGAGGACUACGCGCACUUCCCUGUGGAUCAGCUGCUCCCUUAUUCCAGCACUGGAUUGGAAUCAAAUUGCAGGACCUUGCAGGCCUCUGACGUCUUGCUGAUUUAUCUUCAUUCAUUGUCGAAUGGUCUGCUGAGGGUGAAACUCCAGGGGCCGGUCUCCAGGAUCAAUCUGGCGACUCCCUUGAUCGAUGGAAUGCUCGUGUCCAGGAGGGUUUUGGGAACACUAGUCAGACAGACUGCGAUCAAUAUGGCGAGGAGGAAGAGACUGGACAACGACAGCUAUCACCCACCUCAUGUCAGACGAAGGCUCAAGGUUCAGGAUAUGAUGCAGAAGUAUAAACGGGAUCUUUCGCAGCCGGAGCUGUUGACUCUGUUGUUCAAUAGUCCUAUUGUCCAGUGAUGUUGAAGAGAAGAGCGAGGUAAAGGUCGUAUGGAGACGGGUUUUUACAUUCUUCUUAAUUGUUGUAAUUUCAAGAUCAGGGCGAAGUGGUGAAACUACGGGUAUUUGAUUGGCGACAACUCGAGAUCGGCAGAGUAGAAUUCGAUGAGUUUAAUCUCAUUUUGAAGAAUGUUUUCUUAGCUUUAAAAUGAGACUCGCUCAAAUCGCAUCAUUGGUUCAGAAGGUAUCGAAGAUUUAGACGCAUUGAUUAGUUUCUUUCAAAUUCGAAGAUGUAUGUAAAAUAAACUUUGUUUAGUCAACGAUAACUAAAGAACGGCAGAAUCGAAUUAAACAACUUUAGUGUCAUUUUCAAGGAAUUUUUUAAGCCUUUCAAAUAAGAUCUGAUUUGUAGAAAUCGCAUAGUUGGCUCGGAAUCUUUAUAAAAAAGUCAAGAGCUUGAUUACAAAAAAAUCAACAUUUUUAAUGGACGUUUGAAAUUUUUCGCGAGUCAUGCAGUGAUAAUAAAUAAAAUGGUACUGUACGUAUCUUAUCGUCGGAUUGAUACACAUCACGCAAUCAAUGAUGAAAGAAAAAUGGAGGAGUUGUGCUAGUGGAGGCAAUGUUUUGAGAGUCUCUCUGUUACACCCAACGAUUGUAUUUUAUGUAAGUAAAUAAUAAAUAUUUUUAACAACAA